AUGGCGUCCAGUAGCUCCGGGCCUCCGGGAGGCCGGGCUACAAAUUUUUACCAAGGAAAGCCGACUCAACGUACCGCUCCAGAGUGGGUUGACCCUCUGAACGGUAAUCUUCAAAUUUUACUCUUGCGUGCUACAGGAGAUCAUGUGUUACCAUCCAACCCAUUUGUUGUGAGCAAAACCAUCGCCAAUUUCGUGAAAGAUUUUGAUAAAAACAACGCCCGACCAUCAAAGGACGAUAAGAAGAGAACGCAGUACAUCUUAACGGCCAGAGACGAGGACACCAUCGUUCGUUUACUGCUGCCAGGAGAAUUGGCCAAACACGCUGUCUCCGAAGGAACCAAGGCCGUCACGAAGUAUACCAGCUCCAAGUAA